UAACUACACCACUAAAGAUCCCUGUGUUGAACUCGCCUUAUACCGCGGAUAAAAUUGCAGCAUUGGCGGUCUCCACACAGGGCCGAAACAGACGCCAGCCAUGUUUCCCUGUUUGCAGGGCCUUAGCACGGCUAUUUUAUUAUGCGUGCUCAUGAAUCAUGGAGUUUCGUCCCGAGACGUUGCCAUUCACCCCGAUACUGCUGACUUAGCGGAUUUUGUGCAAGAGUUUCAAUGGAGUUUGAGCGAGCUCGAGAUCGAAACGGUUGGUCUUUGUCCAAGCCGACCACUCCCUUCUUCAAGCGACCAAGAAGUUGAGGAUGUUGCGUACGACCUAUCGUCCACGAGUGCUACGAUAAACACCACUGCGGAAUCGCUUUUUCCUAAUGGUUUUCCUGAAGAUUUUGUUUUAUUCGCCACUGUAAAAGUGGAUCCUGACAACACAGCAGACUUGUUCACGAUAAUGGACACCGAGCAAAGUCUAUCUUUUAGUUUGAGCCCUUUGGAGUUUGAAUACAGGCGACGAGGGAAGGCCCCAUUUCGAGUGAGAUUGAACCAAAGCCUAGCUGAUGGGGCGUGGCACAGAGUGGCCAUAGCAGUUAGAAAGAAACACGUGACGCUGUCUUUAGAUUGUGCCGAGCCCAGAGGACAUGUAAGAAGGCCCAGGGGAUUUAGACCUAGUUUUGGUCGAGACAGUGUUGUUCGACUAGAGGAGCAAUUCCAGGGAUCUUUACAGCAGCUCAUAGUAGCCCCAGAUGUGUUCAGAGUUCUUUCUUACUGCAAAAUGUUUACUACCGAUUGUGACAAACCUCUGCCAUACGCGCCUUUCCUCAGUGGUGCUGCCCAAGAGCGCCGUGACAGUAACGUGCAGAUCAUCAACAACGUCAGAUAUAUCAAAGGCGAGAGAGGAAUUCCCGGACCUCCGGGUCCUACGGGAUCGCAAGGGGCGGUUGGUCAAAAAGGUUACAGUGGGCCUAGAGGUGAUCAGGGAGCAAAGGGACCUCCGGGAUCUCCCGGUACAGCUGGACCCCCCGGCCCUCCAGGGCCUCCUGGUGACGGAAUCUAUGUCAGAUGGAAUAGACUUCAAGGAUCGAAUGAAAAGGGCCCAGGCCCUGUAGCGGGCGGUCUUGUAGUCGAGCCCCCCGCAGUGCCGGGAGAGCCAGGCCCACGGGGACAGCGAGGAGCACGUGGACAACCGGGACGUCCAGGGAACGCCGGUGAGAAGGGAUCCCAGGGAGAUCCAGGAGCCCCGGGCUUACCUGGUAACCAAGGCAACCGAGGUCCACCUGGUAGACCGGGAAAACCGGGUCCCCAAGGACCGGACGGACCAAGAGGUACCCCCGGAGUUAUGGGAGAAAAGGGAGACAGAGGAAUUGAAGGAAUGGCGGGAAUGACGGGCCACAAAGGACCACGGGGUCUACCAGGCAUGCGAGGAGAAAAAGGCGACAAAGGUGAAGCUGGUGAAAGAGGCGAUGGUGGCACACCAGGGCAAGCUGGAAUGCAAGGUGAACGGGGACCCCAAGGAGAACCAGGAGAACGGGGACCGCCAGGGCCGAGAGGAUUGCAGGGAGGUACAGGAGAGCGAGGUCCACCAGGACCCUCUGGAUCACCGGGUCCCCCAGGUGCUAUAGGAAUUCAAGGUGUGCAAGGCAUGAGAGGACCCUCGGGACCUCCUGGUAUUCCGGGUCCCCCAGGGCCUAUGGGACCUAAGGGUGAGGCUGGAAAAGUUGGUAUGCCUGGUUUCCCAGGUACCGAUGGUGUGCCAGGAUACCCUGGCAUUGAAGGACCACCUGGACCCAAAGGCGACAGAGGUGCACCAGGAGUUAGAGGACCACAAGGCUACCCAGGCCUCCCUGGGCCAAAGGGUGCUGCUGGUGAGCCUGGAGUACCUGGUGACCGCGGAAACCCGGGACCUCCGGGACCUCAGGGGGACCGAGGACAGGCAGGACCUCGUGGAUCGAUGGGUAUUCCAGGAAAAGCGGGCCUUCCAGGAUUUCCUGGACCUCGUGGAGAAACGGGACCUCAAGGAAAAAUAGGGCCGCCAGGAUCCCCCGGAAUACCAGGUGGACGGGGUCCUGCAGGUGAAAGGGGAAGCUCAGGACCUAAAGGAGAACGUGGCCGACCGGGACCCCAAGGAUCCACAGGAGACCCAGGGGAGCCUGGCAAGGAUGGUUCAAAGGGAGAGCCUGGUAAAUCAGGCGCAGACGGUAAGGAUGGUGCACAGGGUCAGCCAGGAACACCAGGGCCGAAAGGUGCCAUGGGACCGCCAGGACCCGCUGGACUCAAAGGAGUGGAAGGACCGAUCGGUCCACCAGGAGCACAGGGGCCUCAAGGAAUGCGCGGACCACCCGGACAACCUGGACCCCAGGGUCCUAUAGGGAGGCCAGGUCGCCAAGGACCUCAAGGACCAGCUGGAGAGAAAGGCAGUAGGGGAGAAGAAGGAGCUCGUGGAGAGCCUGGACCCGAGGGGAAAGCUGGACUUCCGGGUAAACCUGGUGAGGAAGGACCAGCAGGCCCCCCUGGAGAGGAGGGUGAGAAGGGUGACCAAGGAGAGUCAGGCAAAUCAGGGAAGAAAGGAGGACAAGGACCAAAGGGACCUCCAGGCCCCGCCGGUCAAACUGGCCCACCGGGAAAAACUGGACCGCCUGGCCCACCCGGUGAGAUUGGACCCCAAGGGGCCACUGGUCCAAGGGGUGAGAAAGGGAGCGAUGGAGGACGCGGACCACCCGGGCCUAGUGGAUCUCCGGGAGUUCCGGGCGUUCCUGGACCCAGAGGACUGAAAGGUGAAAGAGGACCCGGUGGUCCACAGGGAUCUACAGGAUUACCAGGUCCUCGCGGCCCACCAGGACCGGCGGGAGCUAAGGGAGACCAAGGUGAACCUGGUGAAACCGGUACUGAUGGGCGACCUGGAGAGAAGGGAGAUCAAGGGCCGAAAGGUGACGCAGGCGCCCCAGGGCAGCAAGGCCCACCGGGCCGAGCUGGUCAAGCGGGAUCAAAAGGCGACCGAGGGGACCCCGGUCCGCAGGGUCCCCCAGGACCACGAGGUCCCGCCGGCGCACCAGGACUCAAAGGACCAGUGGGUGCAUCUGGACCCCCAGGACCUCAGGGCCCACCAGGGCCACAAGGUACUAAGGGAGGUCCUGGUGCAGAGGGAAAGGACGGACAGCCAGGUCCCCCAGGAGCAAGAGGUCCUCCAGGCGCCAGGGGAGAUGAUGGAAACCCCGGCAGUCCGGGUGAGCCGGUAAGUAAAGCUGUGUUGAUGACACAAGUAGUUACUUAGUCUCAUUCUGUCGCACGUUGUCGUUGCAGGGAGAG